UAUAAGUCGUCUAUUGGAGUCCUUGUUUACUCAAACAUGGCUUCAGAUAAACUUAUUGCCUUUUUGGUUAUCGUAGUUGCACUUUUACUACAAGGUAAUAACAAAACCGUCGUUGAAGCACAACUCAGAACCGAUUUCUACUCAAAAACCUGCCCUGAUCUUCACGCCAUUGUCCGAGCCCGCCUUGGAAACGCCAUUGCAGCUGAGCCUCGAAUGGCUGCAUCUGUCCUUCGACUGUUCUACCUCGACUGCUUCGUCAACGGAUGCGAUGCUUCGAUUCUACUAAAAGACACACCAAGAAAUGCGGGGGAACAAAACGCGGCCCCAAACCGCAAUUCUGUGCGCGGGUUUGAAGUCAUCGAUGAUAUCAGAAUGUGGACAAAUCACAAAUGUCUUGGGGUCGUGUCUUGUGCUGAUAUCUUAGCCAUCGCAGCUAGAGACGCCGUCGUAGCCACUGGAGGGCCGAGUUGGGAUGUUCCUUUAGGAAGAAGAGAUACAAUAACGGUGAGUCAAGAGGCUGCGAAUAGUGGCAUUCCAGCACCAAAUUCGAGUCUGAGCGAGCUUGUUACUAGUUUCGGCAAACUUGGAUUCACCCCUAGAGAGAUGGUUGCUCUCUCCGGCGCGCACACGAUCGGGUUUGCCCAGUGCAAACAUUUCCGAGAGAGGAUCCACUACUGGAGAGACAUUGACUGGCUUCAUUUCGCCACCACACGCAAGCAAACUUGCCCGGAAACUCCAGGGCCCAGCGACGGAAAUCUAGUUGAACUAGACUCCCGUACACCGUUUAAAUUCGACAACGGUUACUUCUGGAGCCUCUUCGGUAAGAGAGGUCUCCUCCAUUCCGACCAACAGCUCUACAAUGGCGGCAUAGGCUUCCCAAACUCCAUCGUCUGGGAGUACAUGGCAAAUGAGAAGACUUUUCGCUCUGAUUUCGCGGCAGCCAUGCUCAAGAUGAGUCAAAUCAGCCCAUUAACUGGUCAUGUUGGUGAGAUCCGGCAUAAUUGCUCGGAGAUCAACGAAUGGUUCUCAAAAUGAACGUUCAAAUCUACUCAAGCUGUCAACUCACUCCCCUCAAAUAAAAGAUCGAAAUCUUUCGAAUCCCUUUUAAUGUUCUCGUUUUUUCUUUCUUUCCCUUCCUUGUGUUCUUGUCGGCAUUUGUGAUUGUUUUGCUUUAAUAAAAUCUCUACCUUAAUUCCUUGUGUUCCUGUUGGCAUUGUGAAUGUUUGUUUACCUUAAUAAAAUCUUCCCUUCCUUGUGUUCUUGCCUCCAUUUGUGAAUUUUUGCUUU